AUGUCUUCAAUAUCCGGAGAGGUCUCUUCUAGGGAUAUCAGACCUGGUGGGAGGUCUUCAAAUCUGGAAAUACCGAAUCUGCACAGCUUGCAGAUUACAAGUGUGCUGCUGGAUAAAUACAACUUCAGGGAGUGGUCCAUUUCUGCAAUGCUUUUUAUUACUUCCCGUGAUCUCACUGUUCAACACUUUCCCACAACAGCCAAGAUUUGGGAAAAAGUGUCUAAAACCUAUGGGCAGAAGAAAAAUAAUGCUAGAAUUUACAGAUUGAAUCAAGACAUUGCUGCCUUAAGGCAAGGGGAUAUGACAGUUGCAACAUAUUUUGCAACCCUGGAAGGACUUUGGGAAGAACUUGACCAUCACUUGAUUUUGGACUGGGAAAAUGCCAGGGACAAGGAGAGACAUGAUAAGAAUAUUGAAGAGAGCAAAACCUUUACGUUCUUGGUUGGCCUGGACCCAGUGUAUGAGGGCAUAAGGUCACAAAUUCUAGGAAGAGAUGAACUGCCCGAGUUACAUCAUGUUUAUUAUCUGGUAAGGAAUGAAGAAGUCAGGAGAAAGGAGAUGCAAGUUGACUCUCAGAUUCAACCAGUUGAACAAUUUGGUGAACAUUCAGCCCUGAUUUCCACUAAGGGAAACAAACAUCCAGACAAGAAGCAUCUUAAGUGCACUCAUUGUGGGGGUGAGAGACAUGUAAAAGAAAAGUGUUGGGUCCUGUAUCCUCACCUGAAGCCAGCUGCAUUGAGAAAGGACAAGAAGCAACARAAGGGUCAUGCGGCAAGUGGGAACCUUGUCACUAGUAACAAUGGUGACAACUCACAGAGUAUUCCAACAGUGGCUUCUUCUCCCAUGGGGCAAGUUGCUGAUUCCUCUGGAGCCGGUGCCUUGGGCUUCACUGCUAGUGAGGUAGAGGUCCUUAGCCGGGCUUUAGCCCGUCUAAGGAAUAAUUAUUUUGCUUCCACCUCUCUUGCCAGUCAGGAGAUUGCUGAGAGACUUGAGCAGAAGAUUUAUACUACAGCUGAAAGCAAGGAUGAUUAUGAGAAGAGAAUAUAUGCAAACUUGUCGAUGAUAUGGACAAAACCUCAGAAUACUGAUACAAAUAACUUUGUACCAUCAAACUCUGCUGCUAGCAAUCCAAAUCCCCAAGAUUUAGCAUCUCAAUAUACUCCAUCCCAAGUGGACAAGCAAGGGCAGUCACUAGUAGUUCCCUUGGCAAAUCAAUCUCAGGCGUGCCCACAACUGUUUUCUGAGAGCAUUCAAAACACCAUUGCAUCUACUGGAGUACAAAGUUCUACCGGUUUAGCAUCAGGACUGCCAUCUUUGACUGAUCUUACUCAGAACUCCAUUUCAAUUGUUGGUAGCCAGAAUUCAAAUUUGCAGAAUAUAUCUGAAAUUUCACAGAAUGAGACAAAUCAUUCAGUUGGACAAGGCAUGAUAUCAAACAUUUUUGGUAAUUCACAGAGGCAGAUGCAUGGAAGGCAGCAUCUCCCGCAAAAGCACCAGCAGCAGUCUCAGAAUCCACAGCAACAUAUUUACCAGCAGAAGCAGCUUCAGAAUCAGCUUUUUAAGCAGAAGCUCCAUCAUGGAAAUAUUCAACCCACUCUUAUCCAAUCCCACAUCCAGCAGCAACAGCAGAACCUCUUAGAGCCCAAUCAGGUGAAGCCAUCUCAGGAAUCCCUUGUGCAGAGUUCAUCAGGUUUCCAAUCCAACCAGUCAACUGUUCAGCAGACACAACCUUCUGAAAUGCAAUCUCCUUGCUCUGACCAUCAACAGAAUCAGCAAUCUUCUGUUCAACAAUCAAUGGCAUCCAUGCUGCAGCAACAUUCACAGUCAAUCCUCAGUCAACAGCAACAGUUGCAACAGUCUGUUCACCAGCGGACUCCUUUUGCUUACCAGCAACAAGCAACAAUGUCUCAGCAGUUGAUGUUACCACCACAAAAACAAAAUUUGUUAAUAGGGCAACAAAGUGUAUCAAACUUACAACAUAAUCAGCUGCUUGGACACCAAAGCAGUGUUGGGGACUUGCAGCAGCAGCAACAACAACAGCAACAGCAGCAGCAGAUGUUGCUAAGCCUCCCAAAUAAUUUGCCCGAUAUUCUGCAACAGCAACAGUUUCUCAGUUGGCAGAACAACAAUUCAAACUUACAUGAGCAGCAGUUAGUUUCACAAAGUAAAUUUUCUGGAUUACAGCAGAAGCAGUUGCUUGGACCCCAGUCAGGUCUCUCAAACAUGCAACAACAUCAAACUUCAGUGCACAUCCUGCAACAAGCCAAGGCUGCAUCAGCACACCAACAACAGAUUCAGCAGAUGUCAGCAACUUCGUUGCCUUCACAAGGACAACAAUCACAAUCACAAACACCGCAGCAACAACUGAUAUCUCAGUUUCAGUCACAGACAGCACAGUUACAACAGGAAUUGGGAUUUCAACAGCAGUCUAAUUCAUUACAACGGGAUAUGCAGCAAAAGUUUCAAACAUCCAGUACCUUGCAUCAUCCUCAGAAUGUAAUGGAGCAGCAGAAGCAAUUGUUUCAGUCACAAAGAGUGCUUCCAGAAGUCUCAUCAACACCAAUAGACUCCACUGCUCAAACAGGACAUCUAAAUGAUUCUGAUUGGCAAGAAAAGAUGUUUCAAAAGUUCCAUGUUGAAGCUAAGGGUCUUUGGGGAUACCUAGAUGGAUCUGUAUCUAAACCGGAUGACUCUGACAUUAAGGGACUUAAUCAAUGGAAGAUUGACAAUGCAAAAUUUGCAUCACAGAUUGUAGGAUAA